UUGAUAAGUGCUGUUGUGUAUUCUAUUUAUAGGUGUAUAUUUUACUGGCAAGCGACAUGCUCCGUUAUCGACCUUGUAAAGUUAUUCUUCAGAUUUGUGUACCAUGGAUUAGAGGUACAUGUACUGAUAGAAAGUUAUGUUGCACGUCAUUACGGAGUAAAAAGUUCAGUUUGGAACCUUUCAGUAGAUUUCCUAUCCCUUCAAAGGAUUCUCUACCUUCCGACGUUCAGACAACAUUUCAAGAGACUGAAAAAAAGGCUGGCUUUGUUCCGAAUGUCUUUAAAGCAAUGUCUUACAGACCAGAUGAAUUGAAAGCUUUUAUACAGUACUACGAUGUAGUAAUGGAUGAAAAAGGGAACCUCACUAAAGCGGAUAAGGAAAUGAUAAUCGUAGCUACAUCAGCUGAAAAUAAUUGCCUGUAUUGUAUAAUUGCCCAUGGUGCUCUACAUAGAGUAUAUUCAAAAGACCCAUAUCUAGCUGAUCAGAUUGCAGCGAAUUGGAAAACAGCAGACAUUACAGACCGACAACGUGCUAUUCUAGAAUUUGCUGAUCAGCUUUGUCAUUGCAAACCGUUGACCGACGAUAAUUUUGAAAAAUUGUACGAAUUUGGUUUAACGAAAGAUGAUGCUUGGGACAUUGGUUCGGUCGUUGCACUAUUUGCCUUGUCAAAUCGAAUGGCAUUUCUAACUAAUAUGAAACCGAACGAGGAGUUUCACCUAAUGGGCAGGAUAAAGCGUGAACAAAAUAAAACUUAAAAUUAAGAAUUUGUUUUUUUUUACUUACGAAUAUAUACUUACAAAUAUUUGUAACUCAAAUACAUUUGUACUUGAAUACACUAUUGUUAAUUUCUAUUAAACUGAAGUUACAUAUCUAA